AUGAUCCGGACCUAUGAGAGGCUGCGCAGGGAGUUCUACUGGAUCGGCAUGUUCAAGGACACCGAGCGAUAUGUCAAAGAAUGCGUUGACUGCGUCACGGCCAACGGACUACCCCGGAACCCGGGACCGUCGCCCGGUAACCUGUUGGCUACGCGACCGUUUCAGGUCGUUUCCAUGGACUUCGUGAUACCGCUGCCCCGGUCCGCCCGGGGAAAUACGGCAUUGCUCCUGUUUCAGUGCGCGUUCUCGGGGUUCAUCAUGUGCAAGGCCAUGGCGAGCACCGAAGCCCAAGACGUGUCCGAAGCCUAUGAGGAGUGCGUGUUCCGGAGGUUCGGGGCCAGUGAGAUGAUCCGUCACGACCGAGAUCCAUGUGACGAAGUGGGUGAACACUUGACCGCCCAAAGGUGUAUAGCGUGCCCUGAACGGAUUCGAACACAUCCCCAAGCCAACGGACAACAAGAGAGGUAUGUGCAAACGGUGAUCCGGAGCGUUAAGGCGUACGUGCAGACUGUGGACCAAAGCGACUGGGACGAGCUAGCCGAAAAGCUCAUGUGGGCGCUGAACACCUCCUUCGACUUCACCCGACUCGACACGCCGUUCUACCUGGUGCACGGUUGGGAUGCCCAAGGUACCGUCGAAGCCAUGAUGGGAGACGUCCCCCGAGACGUGCAGCUCCGGGACGCCCAAGAAUGGCGCACCAAGGUACAACGCCAGGUGGAAUACGCGAGGGCCUGGGCCCGGGACCUCCAAGAAAAGGCCAAGAAGCGCCGGGCCGAGGAUCACAACCGCAAGUGGAAACAACUUACAGACCGACUGAAAGAAGGCUUGGAGGAUCCGGGAAAAAGGUAG